UCCGCCGUGCCAGCCAGUGUUGUGUCGGAGACUGUCUGCCCCUACGCUCUGCUCUGGUCUGGUCCAGCUAACGUUAGCUGACUGACCUGCUUGCCUCGAAAGCAGGACGGAUUUCAGGGAUAACAAUGUUUUAUUUUUAGGCCUAAUAGAGCUAAAGCGAAACGCCGAAUGGUAACCAGACACACAUAACUGGAACCAGGAACCGUCAAUGCAAAGAAAGAGGGUGAGCUUUAAGAAGUAACGUUAGCAGAUCCAUGGCAAAGUGGCUGAAGGACUACCUGAACUUUGGCAGCAGGCGUGACCCUCCACAGCCCCCCAGGCCAGAUUACAGUGAGAGUGAGAUUUUGAGGGCUUACAGAGCUCAGAAAGAGCUAGAUUUUGAGGACCCAUACCAACACACAGAUAAAGAGCACCAGAAUGGCAGUUUCAGCUCCUGUAGUGCCACAGUGAGCCUUCCCACUUUCCCUGCAUUUGGUUCAGUGCUGCCCAAUGGUGUGGAGGUGAAAGUUGUGUCUCCCAAACACAGACUAAUUAAAGUGGAUUCUCAGGAGUUUGGCCGCUGUAAAAUCCCCUUGAGUCCUGUGACUGUUCAAGAAGAACCAGUGGUUCCCUCUGCCCCAGCAGCAUCGGACACUGACACAGACUACUCUGACCCAUUUGAUGCCCGUCCAGACCCAAGAGCCAGACCAAACUGGGAGCCCAAACCUGCACCAACAGACUGCUGCAGCUACAUGGAGCCAUUCGAGGCCCAGCGGAUCAUCUCAGAACUGCAGCACAGCAUGAUGACUAACAGGUCUGGAAGUGGAGAUCCCGGCCAGUUAUAUGAUAACCCGUACGAGGAGAGGACUCGUCUCCACCACCGAGCUGCUCCACCAGCACAACAGCAACCUCAGAAGGUUGAGGGCGGACUUGGCCAGAUCGACAGCAGGGAGAGCAGGCUCCCACAGGAUGAUGAGAGGCCCGCUGAUGAAUACGACCAGCCGUGGGAGUGGAAGAAGGACAACAUCUCUAAAGCUCUAGCAGUUCAGUUUGAAGGUGCAGAAAGGGAGCGCUCUCGAGCUCAGACAGAGCAGACCAGGCUCACCAAGACAGGCGGCGCAUCUACCGCAGCAGACUCAACGACUCUCCGUUUGGUCGGGGACACUCCUCCUUUACUGGGAGAAAGGGUGGAUCCAUCUCUGCCUCUGGAGAGACAAGUAUGGUACCAUGGAGCCCUGAGCCGCUUGGAGGCAGAAACUCUACUGACUCUGUGCAAAGAGAGCUCCUACCUGGUGAGGAACAGCCAGACCUGCCGUUGCGACUACUCGCUCUCACUCAGGAGCUGCAAAGGCUUCAUGCACAUGAAGUUCACUCAGUCUGCAGACGGGCGUUAUGUGCUCGGGGAGAACAGCCCCCCCUUCUCCACCAUUCCCGAGGUCAUCCACUACUACACUACACACAAGCUGCCAAUCAGAGGCGCUGAGCACAUGUCCCUGCUGUAUCCUGUCAUAGUGCAGACCCUCUGACACUGACAAACCACAAACUCUUCCUCCUGGUGCUACUGAAUACAAUAUAUACUCAAUAUUUCCCUCUUUCUGGCCCCUUUCCCUACAUGCCUUUUCACUGCCAUUCUACCUGCACUACUCACAAGAGAUUGGACUGGUUGGUGCCAUCUUUUCCUUUUCUUUUUAUCAUAACCCCAGUAACUACACUGGCAGCUUAACAACAGAGCUCAGUGCCUCAUGAACCUAUGCCUGUGAACUGGUAUGAUCACUGAAAUUCCUGUAUUUUAAUACCACGGACUCCUGAAAAUCAGCCAUCAUUGAUAUUAAGAUCAAUAGCUGAGUACUUUUAGGUAAAAGAGAAAAAAAAAAAAAAAAAAAAACUAUAGUCUUGCGGUGUCUCAAGACAGUAGAAUUUACAGAAUAUUGCAUGGAGAUUUGUCUCUGUUACAAUAGUGCAGAGAUAGGCUGUACUACCGGGUGACUUAAAGGAUAAUAGUGGUGUUUCCUUUUGGCUUAAGCUUGUGCCAUUAAUCCAGGUUGAUUUUUCUCGGUCAAGGCUGCAGUUAUUUUUAUGUGAAUUUUAUGUUUUAAAGUUACACAAAGAUCAAACAAAAUAACAGACGUGGUGCCCGGACAGUUAAACUAGAAAUAGAUGGUAGAAAAUGCAGUAAAAAUGUACUAUAACUACAAGCAACACUGUUAUUAUCCUUUAAAUGUUAGUUACAAUACCAACCAAACACUACAUAUUUAACCCUGGCUGUCUGUUGGCUCUGGGUUUCACUGUGUGCUUCAGAGGCCUGUGAAUGUUAUAUGAUGCUGUAACUGCGAGCCCUGCAGUGUUCUCCUCAGUUCGUCAUGUUAAUGUGUGGAAAAACAGAAAGUGACAGACAUGACUUCUUAACUUCACACAAUAACAGGCUCCUGCAAUACUAGUUUAGAGAAUAAUAACUACAGUAUUAUAUUGAAAGCUUGUGGCUUUGUGAUCAUGAUUAUUAAAGAAGCUUUGGUAGGUUAUUUACUGUGCUGUUUUAUAAGGUUUUAAAUAUCUGUUUAAAAUAAAGGUGUUGCCUGUUUUUAAA